CAGGCCAUGUCUCGCGAGAGCGUACCCUGAGAUCUCGCGGGAAUGACUCCGGGUGUCCCGGCUGAAAGUACCCAGCGCGGGUUUCAGAGGCGGUGGUUUCUGCUGUCAGCGUCUUCCUACAGGAAACACGUUUCAGAUUUCUUUGGAUUUCAUUGAUUUUUCUGUGUGAAUCAUCAGAAGACCCAGAGAGUCUUGGAGCUAUAUAUUGAAGACAAUGUCUGGAAGCUUCUACUUUGUAAUUGUUGGCCACCAUGAUAAUCCAGUUUUUGAAAUGGAAUUUUUGCCACCUGGGAAAGCAGAAUCCAAAGAUGAUCACCGUCAUCUGAACCAGUUUAUAGCCCAUGCUGCUCUUGACCUUGUAGAUGAAAACAUGUGGCUUUCUAAUAACAUGUACUUAAAAACUGUGGACAAAUUCAAUGAGUGGUUUGUAUCGGCAUUUGUCACUGCAGGGCAUAUGAGAUUUAUUAUGCUUCAUGAUGUGAGGCAAGAAGAUGGAAUAAAGAACUUCUUUACUGAUGUCUAUGAUUUAUAUAUAAAGUUUGCAAUGAAUCCAUUUUAUGAACCCAAUUCUCCUAUUCGAUCAAGUGCAUUUGACAGAAAAGUUCAGUUUCUUGGGAAGAAACACCUUUUAAGCUAAAUGGAGAAAAACUCUGAAAUAAACAGUAUCACCAUCAUGGGGUAUACUCAGGAAUGUGUGCGCUGUAAGUAAUUUGAAAUAGCCUGGAAACCUUUCACUUAAAAUUGUAUGUUUUCAUGUUGAUUAUCAGCAUUAAUUUUGUUUGUGAACAGUGUUAUUUAUAAAGAGCUCUUUACCAGUAAUUUUAAAUGUUUUUAUUUAAAAGCUUGCUUUUAUUUAAAAAGUCUUUCCUGAUUGAGAUAAUUUGAUCUUAAUUUAUUAGUUCAAAAGCCGAUGUCAUAAGUUUACUAUUUGUUAGAUGUAUUUAAAACUAAAAGCUUCUGCAGACAUAACAAAUUGAGUUAUUUAUACUUUUAGAUAGAUUCUUUUAAAAUGCAGAAUACACUAUAGUACCAAGAAGCUGAAGCAGAAAGCUCCUGCCAUGCCAAGUGUUACAUGCCUGCCAGCCUCCAUCCCGGGCUCAGAAUAGUGAUCCUGCUAUAACUAAACCCUAGGCCCAUGUACACUGAACCAGUAACAGGCCACGGCAAAAUGUGUGGCCUCUGUCACCUUAUAUUCUUGUUUUUCCUUUCUUAGUGAACUAAAAGUUUAAUGAGCUUGUUAUAUCUGUACUUUAAAAUGUUGUAAUACGGCUUCGGUUACUACUACGAAAAGCCUGGGUUACACUGACAUUUGCAUUUAGCCUUUUAAGCUAUAUACAGAGUGGGAGGUGGCAGAUGUGGUUUCUUCUAUAAGAAAUGUUGGUUUGAUUUUAUAAUAGUACAUAUGCAUGGAAAAGCAAGUAAACCAGCUUUUCAUGUACACACUGGAAGACUUUUUUCCAUUCUAAUUUCUUAGAAAGCAGUUAUAAGCCUUGUAUCCGUUUGUGAAGUUGUUACCAUCACUCUUUGGUUUCUUAAAUAAAGACUUAUAUUCAA